CGGUGGUGCUGGCCAAUUCCGAUAUUCUAUACCCCAGCCGGCAAAAUGACGAGUGCAUUCAGCUCCAGUGAUUCUAUAAAAGAAAAUCAAUGCGUUGUCGCUGUGAAUGAUUCAAUAUUGUUCGAGGAAAUCUGGAACGAUGAGCAAACGGAGCGGUGCCUUCACUGGAUUGAGGACAAUGGAUUUGGCCGGGUGGCCCUACAGUUCCCCGAUCAACUCAUACGAUACAGCGUCCAAAUUGCGGACGAGCUGCAGCGGUCAACAAGGGAAGGUGUACGCAUUUACGUUCUAGGUGACACUUCGUACGGUAGCUGUUGCGUGGACGAGAUUGCCGCAUCCCAUGCCAAUGCGGACAGCAUCAUACACUUUGGACAUGCUUGCCUGAGCAGAGUGGUGCGGAUUCCAACUUUUUAUGUGUUCUAUCAGUUUCCGCUGGACGAGGCGCACCUGUUCGGCGUGCUGGCGCACGUGUUUAGUGAUGGCAAUACACGUUUCACUUGCUUUUACGAUGUCGGUUACCUGCAUGCCGUGACAAAGGUAAAGGACAAACUGAUUCAACGUUUUCCACAAGCGAAGGUAGCAACAUUGGCUAGCCCACACGAGAAGCCGGAUGUUUUGUGCUGGAAGUUUGAGCAACCACAUGCGUCCGAUUGUCCAGCGAUAUACAUUGGUAAAGAUAAUCUAAGCUUCUUCAACACGACUGUCGCUAUUGAAACGUUACAGUGGUAUCUUUACGAUCCCUCGUCGAAUGAUCCAACAUUGGAACAAACGAGCGCGAUCGGAGCGAAAUGGAUACGUCGGCGAAACUAUGCUAUCGAAAAAUGCAAAGAUGCUACAGCCAUCGGGAUUGUGGUAGCCACACUGUCUACCGCAGGGUACCUGGAAAUUGUGACCCGAAUACAACGGUUAGCGAAGGCGCGUGCUGUUCGCUCGUACAUCAUCUCCAUCGGCAAGGUUAACCCGGAAAAGCUCGCAAAUUUUAUCGACAUUGACUGCUUCGUACUGGUGGGCUGUCCUGAGAACGAUACCUUUACAUCGAGAGACUUCUACCGGCCACUGCUAUCCGUUUUCGAGGCAGAAAUGGCACUCAAUCCAACGUGGAGGGAAAAGUUGUGUCUGCACUACACUACGAACUUCACCGAGCUUCUGCCAGAGGGCCGACUAUUCUCGGAUGUUGAGGAAAUAUCUUAUGCGGAAGUGGAUAACGAUGCCCCGGAUGUUAGUUUGAUAACUGGAAAGGCUCGUGGUGCAGUGCGAAACUUCAAAGUGGAGCCAAGUUCUACGUCGCAGGAACUAGUAGGGAAAGGGAACAAUCAAUUGGCGCAUAUAAGCUCCGCGGACCAUUUUGCCAAUCGCUCCUGGCAAGGCUUGGAGCCAAAUUUAGGCAACGAUAAACCGGCUCUCAUCGAAGAGGGGCGUUCGGGAAUACCGAUACGGUAUGAAAACGAUCCAUAGGAAAGUUAAAAAGUUAUAUAAUUAAGAGAAUUUUCACCGAUUAUGUUUAAGAUGGUGCGUUAUUGUUGGAAAUAUAUCGGACAGGGUCGGAACUGAGGGUGAGAAAAAGUUGAAGAUGUUCACAGAAAACUAUGCUUAGCUUUACAGCAGAUGUGUCCAGGAAAGCUUUGACAAAUACCUAUAAUAAAAAUGCUCUACUUUGAAUUUAUUAUUAUAA